AUGCAUAUGCGUCACUUGCUGCUCUUACCCAUCCUCGGGCUCGAGGGGCACACAGCUGCUCGCAACAUCAUCAAAUUGCAGCCUGGUCACCACACCUCUCAGUCGGUGUAUGUGCCCGACGGCAAUGUCACUCCACACCUGUUGAUAAGUCGCGGUGACGGCGUGCGAUGUGGUCCUGAGCUGGGAACUUGUUCGGAUGGCAAAUGCUGUUCGACUGCUGGUUAUUGUGGCGUUACUGAGGCUCACUGUCGCUCUCCAGACUGCCAGCUUGACUUCGGUCAUUGCGACGCUCAUAAAAGCCCAGCGGGUCCUCCCGUCGAAGAUAUACCUCGGACACACGUCGGUAGCGUACCAUAUGGCCCGCACGUCAUUCGCGCGUGUGCGAAAGCAGGCACUAUUGCCCUGACUUAUGAUGACGGUCCGAACCGAUACACUGCUGACCUUCUCGACCUAUUGGACCGGUAUAACGCGAAGGCGACGUUCUUUAUCUCUGGAAUCAAUAAUUCCAAGGGCCCAAUAGAUCAUCCCGAUCUACCAUGGGCCUCUUUGAUUCAACGCAUGCAACAGAGUGGACACCAGAUUGCGAGUCACACCUGGUCGCACCAAGAUCUCAGCAAAGUUACGCCAGAUCAACGACGAGGGCAAAUGUUGAAGAAUGAAGCUGCGUUCCGCAACAUAUUGGGCAGAAUUCCAACCUAUAUGCGUCCUCCCUACUCGAGCUGCCUACCUGAAUCGGGCUGCUUGGACGACAUGGACAGGAUGGGAUACCAUAUCAUUCUUUAUGACAUCGACACGAAGGACUAUAGUCAUGAUAGUCCUAGCGCCAUUCAAGUCUCCAAGGAUGCAUUCGAUAAUGCCUUGGCGCCAUGGAAAGCUUCAGAGAAAUCCUGGCUCGUCAUUGCUCACGACGUGCAUGAACAAACAGUCUACAACCUCACAGAGCACAUGCUAAGGAGAAUAGCAGAAUAUGGCUACAAAGCGGUGACAGUUGGGGAAUGCUUGGAGGAUCCUGAAGAAUUCUGGUAUCGCGAAGCCGGAGAGCCUCUUACUGGUACCCCUGUCAGAAAGUCUCCAUCACCGCCGUCGGCUGCUGACGUUCCUUCGAAGCCCAUCUCCCCUGAUGUAGUGCCGACUACUGUGGUACCUCCAAUCUUCACUGCGGAUUUGGUUGCCAAUCGAACGCUGGAAAUUGCUUCUCCUUGGACGAGCCAUCGCACAAUGACACCGAUGGAGGUAUAG